UAUGAUAUCAUUUAAGAUUAGAAUAAAAUUUACAUAUUUAUGGAUAGAUGCAGAGGAGGAGACUUGAAAUCUCUAAUUUUAGAUUAUAGCAUAAGAAAAAAAUAAUUUUCUUUAGAAUAAAUUGUUGAUAUGAUUAGAUAAAUAAUACUGGGCUAUUAAACAUUAAUUUAAAAUAAAAUAAUCCAUAGAGAUCUAAAACCUGCAAAUAUUUUAUAUGAGUUUAAGGAAAAAGAUAAGAUAACUUUAAAAGUAUAUGGUUACUUAAAUAGAUUAGUUAACAGAUUUUGGAUUGGGGAAAAUAUUGGAUGAUAUAAACAUUAAGCAAUAUAUGACAAGAGUGGGAACUCCUGCUUAUAUGGCACCAUAAAUAGUUUUUGGAGAUAAAUUUUCUACAAAAUGUGAUAUCUUUUCUGUAAUAAUAAAAAUUAUUUUAGUUGGGAAUUAUUAUAUAUGAAUUAGCAUUUCUUGAAAUACCUUCAUAAGGAAUGAAUCCUUUAAUACGUAAUUAAUUUUAGAAAUCUUUAAAAACUAAACCAUUUGUUUGUCCUGAUUUAUGUUAAUAAUAACCUGAUUAUUUGAAAUGUUAUUUAUAAGAUUUAAUUAAUAAGAUGUUAAGUUUUGAUGAGGAAAAGAGACCUAGUUGGGAUGAUCUUUUAAAAUCAGAUUUAAGUAAUAAUUCAAUAAAUUUUAGUGACUAUUAUUAAUGAAGCCUUACCUAUUGAAAAAAAAUUAAAAAAUGACGAACCAACAUUAUCAAUUAUAUUAUUAAAAUAUGAAAGACAAUUAGCAUACCAAAAAUAUUAUGAUUAGAUUUAAUUUUUUAAACUUUAGGAAUAUAAAUAUAAGCUAUAAAAAAAAGAUGAACUUUUAAGAAAAUCAUAUCUUUUUAUAUUUAUGAUGAUAAGUAAAGCACAACUAGUAAUGAAUUUAUAAUACUAAUUUCAAUUAAUAAUGUAAUUCAUAUCAUAUAUAUAAUAGAAAAAAACAGUUUCCCAAUUUUGAUGUUUAUCAUUUUCAACUAAUUUAGACAUGUUUUAUUGGAUAUAUCUAUAUGGUUCUUGAGAAUGCUUUUGGAUUCUGUAAUUAAUAAAUGGAUUAAAUUAAUGAAAUAUUCAAACAAUAAUUUUAAAAUAAAUUAUUGCAAAUGUCAUAAAGAUUUUAUCAAUCAAAUGACAUAGAAGUUUAAGAGAUGAAAAAAUUUACUUAUCAUUUUUUACUUUAAGCUAAGGUAAUAUUUUAAGUAGCAGAAAACGAUUUAAUAAAUUCAAAAGCAAAACAUGAAUAUCCUAAAAACAUAGAAAAAUUUUAUAGAUUAAUUUCUUAAAAGGACCUUACAGAUUUUGAAAUAUAUGCUAAAUGGUUUUAAUUUUUUUGGAAUUAACAUCUUCGGAAAUUGUUUUAAUAUGAUUAAACCAAAUAGAACGAUAUAAGAUAUUAAUCGUAAUUUAAUAUUUUAACAAUAGUCUAUUAAUAUUAAUUGAGAGAUUUCUUAAUUUAGAGACAGAUUAUCCUUUUUCAAAAUAUGAAAAAUUUGAUGAAAGUUAAGUAUUGUUAUCAGAAAAUUCUACUAAUGAAGAACUAGAUAAAUCAAUAAAACUAAGAGUAUACAUUUGA